GUGAAAGAGAGAGAGGGAGAGAGAGCGAGAGGAAGAGUGAGAGAGUGUGUAUUGGGCCACUAGGACGGUAUGUGCGACAGUCCUGAACGGGCCGUAGCUAACGGAGAGAGAAGCGUCCUAAAGACACAUAGAAUCGAACAGCAGCCCCGGGACGAUACUAUUACCGUGGAGGCCCUCGGGGUGAACAUUUCACUUCACUUCUGUUUAGAGCGAAUUUGUCCUUCUUUCCUCUCCUGCGUCUCUACCCGGUCGGACGGUUGGUGGAAUGGCAGAGAAGCGACGCUCCCCGUGCACUCUGAGCGUCAAGGCGCACGCGUUCUCGGUGGAAGCUCUGAUCGGCUCGGAGAAGAGACGGAAGCUCGGGGAGGACGACACUGGGGUGUGCUUUCUCGAGGAGGUCACCGAGGUGUUGGAGCUGCCCAGUAACGGAGGGGAGAGUAAGGAGAGGGCGUGCAACCACGCAAGCUACCGGGGAAGCGAGAUAGAGUGCGCUAGUGACGGCUCGCUGGAGAGCUGUGACGUGCUGUUGGAAAGCCCCCACCCAGAGGCCCAGGCCCAGCGCGCGCCACCGGUAACAGUAACGGUUCCCGGAGAGGAGAUGCGCGUGGACUUGCAGGGCUCCGACCUGUGGAAACGGUUUCACGAGAUCGGUACAGAGAUGAUAAUCACGAAGGCCGGCAGGCGGAUGUUCCCCGCUAUGCGCGUGAAGAUCUCGGGACUGGACCCCCACCAGCAGUACUACAUCACCAUGGACAUCAUCCCCGUGGACAACAAACGAUACAGGUACGUGUACCACAGCUCCAAGUGGAUGGUUGCGGGAAACGCGGACUCCCCCGUGCCGCCGCGCGUGUACAUCCACCCGGACUCGCCAGCUUCCGGUGAAACGUGGAUGCGUCAGGUGAUCAGCUUCGACAAACUAAAACUGACCAAUAACGAGCUGGAUGACCAGGGACAUAUCAUCCUCCACUCCAUGCAUAAGUACCAGCCCCGUGUGCAUGUGAUCCAUAAGGAGCGUGGCGAGGAGCUGUCUCCUGUUAGACCCGUUCCCCAGGGAGACGGAACCAGAACACUCAGCUUCCCAGAGACCACCUUCACCACUGUCACCGCAUACCAGAACCAACAGAUCACCAGGCUGAAGAUCGACAGGAACCCAUUUGCUAAAGGCUUCAGAGACUCCGGCAGAAACCGGAUGGGUCUGGAGGCUCUAGUAGAGUCAUAUGCGUUCUGGCGUCCGUCUCUCAGAUCCCUGACAUUUGAAGACAUCUCUGGAAUUAAGCAAGGAGCUCCAGGGCCCCGUGGAGGCGUAGGAUCGUCUCACCUGCUCUCCUCUUCUCCUUGCUCCUCCCCCUUCCAGGUGUGGCCUCUCUCUCCCCCAGACUACACCUGCAGUCGGCCGACACACCCUCACACACCCCUACAUCGCUACGGUAACCUCCCCGAGCCCUUCCCCCAUUCUACGUCGCGAGGACCAUCAGCCUAUGACAGUGAAGGAUUCUGCUCUAUGUCCCUCCCUCCCUCUCAGAUUGGUUAUCUACAAAACCCCGCUCACCAGGGUUACGGAAGUCUCCGCCUCCACUCCCCCCCAUACGGUCUCUACGGUUACGCCUUCCCCCCCUCCCCCCGCCUCGUAGCCAGCCCAGACAAGAUGGCGGCUGCUUCUGCCGCUGCAGCCAAUCAGAACCCUUUUCUCUGCUCUUCCCCCAGCGGAACCCUGGCGGACAGUCUGGGCAUGCUCAGUGGAGGCCAGCAGGCCAACCUCCUUUUUGACUCUCGGACGCUGGGAAUGGCUGGCAGCCAGUCGGGAGGAGGGGCUUCACAGGUCACUACCCACAUGGGCUGAGAAAUACCCUGACCCCUGACCCCCGGGGUUGCUAUCGCAAAUAGCUGCUGCUCUGGGUGGAGGGUGGGUUCUGAACUCUGGAAUUAAUCACCAUCCAAUGAGGAUUGACGAGACAUCUCACUGACCUAUGGGGAGACAGAGAGCGUUGGAGAGAUGGAGAGAGAGAGGAAAGAGAGAGCGAGAGAGAGAGAGAGAGAGAGAGAGAGAGAGAGAGAGAGAGAGAGAGAGAGAGAGAGAGAAAGGGGAGGGAACAGCUUUAGUGACGUUUCUAUGAGCACUAAGAAAGAUAAAGAGAGAACGUCCAACUCCGCUGACUAAAGGGAUAUUUUUAUUAGGUACCUGUUGUUGUUGUUGUUGUUGUUAUUAAAGGACUAAAUGGACAGAAGCUUCUGAGAGACUGAAACAGCUCCAGUGGAGGGUAGAUGUCUUGUACAAGUCUGGAGUCCUGAGAGAGUAAAUACACCAGACCGUAAAUACACCAGACCGUAAAUACACCAGACCGUAAAUACACCAGACCGUAAAUACA